GGCCCUGUCGUGGGCGGCUGGUACAAGAUCCUGGAUCAACUCAUCCCAGGGGCCACAAAAGUCGUGGCCGUGAAGAAGAUGGUCCUGGACCAGGGUGGCUUUGCACCGUGUUUCCUCGGCUGCUUCCUCGCCAUCACGGGGGCGAUGAACGGUCUGUCGGCGGAGGAGAACUGGUCCAAGAUCCAGCAG